AUGACAACCUCAAGAACUGUACCUGAAAAAUUCUCCGGAUUCGGAGUCGAUAAGGCUGAAAACUGGAACAAGGCCAGACUCGUCCGGUUCGACCCUAAACCACUUAUGCCAUACGACAUAACCAUCAAGGUCAUUGCCUGCGCUGUGUGCGGAAGUGACUGUCACACCGUUACUGGUAACUUUGGUCCUAUAAACAGAGACGAUUUGGUCGUGGGCCACGAAAUCGUCGGUGAAGUCAUUGAGGUCGGCCCCGAAGUCACCAAACACAAGCUUGGAGACGUCGUUGCCAUUGGUGCUCAAUCUGACUCGUGCGGUGAAUGCAACCGUUGUAAGAGCAACAACGAGCAAUACUGUCAGAAGGGCACCGUUGGUACCUACAACUCUCUUAGCAAGAAGUGCGGUGGUUACAUUACCCAAGGUGGAUAUGCCUCUCACGUCAGAGUCAACUCCCAUUUCGCUGCUCGUGUUCCAGCUAACUUGGAUGUCCAUCAUGCUGCUCCUUUACUCUGUGGUGGAUUGACCGUAUACUCUCCAAUUGUUCGUCACGCAGGCUAUGACUUGAAGGAAAAGGUCAUUGGUAUUGUAGGUAUUGGAGGUUUGGGAUCCAUGGCUAUUCAAAUUGCCAAGGCUUUGGGUGCUAAGGAAGUGGUUGCAUUCUCGAGAAGCUCUAGUAAGAAGGAAGAUGCUUUCAAGAUGGGUGCAUCCAAGUACAUAGCUACUAAGGAAGACACAGAAUGGGCCAACUCCAACUUGGACACCUUCGACAUGAUCCUUAACUGUGCCAGUUUCGGAAAGGGAGUCGACUACGACUCGUUCAUCAGAACUUUGAAGUUGGGUGGCAAAUACGUCACUGUCUCUGCCCCUCCUGCGGAUGAAUCCAUCACCAUUGCUCCAUUCAACUUGCUCAUUGGAGGUGGUAUCAUUGCUGGGUCUGGUAUUGGUUCCAUGAAGGAAGCCGACGAAUUGUUAAAGUUGUACGCCGACAACAACUUGGCUCCAUGGAUCGAAAAGGUGCCUAUCAGUGAAGAAGGUGUUCACAAGGUGAUGAACAGGAUCAGUGUCGGUGACGUCAGAUACAGAUUUGUGUUGACUGACUUCGACCAGGCUUUUGAUUCCAAGUGGUAA